UUAUAUUUUUAAAUAGAAAUAAAUAUCCAAAUCUCUCUCUCCGUCGUCUCUUCGAUCCAGCCUGCAAGUACCAACCUCUGGUUCCCACGCAUUCGAUUCGACUUGCCAUUGUUUCUUUCUGUAAGAAAUUUUUGAGAGAGAGAUUCAAUUUCUAUCCACUGUGUAUCUAUAUGUAUAUGUGUGGUAUACGUCCUGUAUGAUUUGAUUUGGGAUUCGGGGAUUGCGAUUGUGUUGAGCGGGUGUGGUGGUGAUCUGGUGUGAGAUCGGAGGAAAAUGGCGGGUCCGUAUGCGGAUCAGCUGGAAGCCUACUUCAGGAGAGCAGAUUUGGAUGGAGAUGGCAGGAUCAGCGGAGCUGAAGCCGUCGCUUUCUUCCAGGGUUCCAAUUUGCCCAAACCAGUUCUUGCUCAGAUAUGGAUGCAUGCUGAUCAGAACAAAACUGGUUUUCUUGGUCGGCCAGAAUUUUACAAUGCACUCAGACUUGUGACUGUUGCACAGAGUAAGAGAGAUUUAACUCCGGAUAUUGUCAAGGCGGCAUUAUAUGGUCCAGCUGCUGCAAAAAUUCCUGCUCCUCAGAUUAAUCUUCCACCCACAUCUGCACCUCAAUCAAAUCCAGUGGCUGCAGCAUCUAGGCCACCGAUGGGUAUGGGAACCCCGCCAACAUCUCAAAAUUUUGGAUUUAGAGGACCAGGAGUUCCUAAUGCAUCCUCGAACCAGAAUUAUUUUCCACCCCAGCAAAAUCAGUCCAUGAGACCUCCUCAAGCCAUGCCGACUGGAAUGCCUACUGGCGUGAAUUCUCGUCCACCCCAACAAGGUGUUGGUGGUGGUAUGGGGCCUCCCAAUGUUCCAAACGCAAACAUCUCAAAUAAUUGGCUUGGUGGAAGCGCUGGUGCAUCUCCUGCUGGGCCCAGAGGGGUUAGUCCUUCCAUGCCCUCAUCUACACCAAACUCACAGCGUCCAGUUUCCAUGCCUUCCCUGCCGACAACUGGUGACUCCAAAGCAUUAGUUGUUUCUGGCAAUGGAAUUGCAUCCAGUUCGGCUUUAUCAGGUGAUUUAUUUUCUGCAACUCCCAGUCAACCGAAACAGGAAUCUUCUGGGUCUAUAUAUUCUGCUAGAAGCAUACCUACCCCAUCAGCCACUCUUCCAGUUUCCAGUGGGCCCCAAUCUUCCAGUAAGCUCAAUGCACUUGAUUCAUUGAGUGCAUUCACCAUGCAGCCUUCUGGCAGUCAGUUUCAGCGGCCGCAGGGACCUUCGAACCCAAGCCAGCAGGUUUCAGCUCCAGCUUCUUCCUCUUUUCCAUCAUCUGGGAGUUCAGUGGGAGCAGGAAACUCUACGUCUGGAAAUUCGCAGAUUCCUUGGCCAAAGAUGAAGCCAUCUGAUAUCCAGAAAUAUACAAAAGUGUUUAUGGAAGUAGACACUGACAGAGAUGGGAGAAUCACUGGUGAGCAGGCACGGAAUCUGUUUCUGAGUUGGAGGUUACCAAGAGAGGUUUUAAAGCAGGUGUGGGACUUAUCUGAUCAAGAUAAUGACAGCAUGCUUUCCUUGAGGGAGUUCUGCUUUUCUCUCUAUUUGAUGGAACGUUACAGGGAAGGUCGUCCUCUUCCAGACACACUUCCACAUAAUGUGAUGCAUGAUGAGACUCUACUCUCAAUGACUGGUCAACCCAAAGUGGCUUAUGGAAAUGCAGCUUGGAGUCCCAACCCUGGUUUUGGACAACAUCAAGGGAUGCAAGGUGGACAACAUCAAGGAAUGCAGGGUGUGGCACCUGCUGCAGGUUUGAGGCCACCAAUGCAACGAAGUCUUCCCCAGGCUGAUGGUGCAUUGCAACCAAAUCAGCAGAAUUUGAGAGUGCGAGGGAUGGAGGGUUUGAAUACAACCCAACAUGAUAAUGGGAAGCAUGAUUCAGCUAAAGAGCCUAAAGAUGCAGGGAAAAAGGUUGAAGAAACUGAGAAUGUGAUUUUGGACUCGAGAGAGAAGAUGGAGUUCUAUCGCACAAAAAUGCAGGAACUUGUUCUGUAUAAAAGCAGAUGUGAUAACAGAUUAAAUGAGAUCACAGAAAGGGCAAUUGCUGACAAGCGUGAGGCUGAGUUACUGGCCAAAAAAUAUGAGGAGAAGUACAAACAAGUGGCAGAAAUAGCAUCUAAGUUAACCAUUGAAGAGGCCACGUUUCGCGAAGUUCAGGAGAGGAAAAUGGAAUUGCAUCAAGCAAUUGUUAAAAUGGAGCAAGGAGGUAGUGCAGACGGUAUUCUUCAGGUCCGUGCUGAUCGUAUACAAUAUGAUCUUGAGGAGCUAGUAAAGGCUCUUACAGAACGAUGCAAGAAACAUGGAUUAAACAUGAAGUCAAGUGCAAUAAUUGAGCUUCCAACUGGCUGGCAACCUGGAAUUCAAGAGGGAGCCGCUGUUUGGGAUGAAGAUUGGGAUAAGUUUGAAGAUGAAGGAUUUGGCAAUGAUCUGAAAAUUGAUGCCUCGGCAAAAGCACAAUCUGCAUCUGUUCAGAGGGAACAUACUUCCCCUGAUCGUAGUUCCACUCCUGAUACAUCAUCAUUUGCUGAUGGCAAAUCAAGGAAUGGGGAACAUGCCUUUGGAAGUGAAUCUGUUUUCGCCCAUGGUGAAGAUGAAUAUGGAAGAAGCUCAAAUGGCAGUCCAGCUGCCAGGAAUGCUCCAGAAAGCCCGUCAGGAGAGUUCUCUGACAUCCAUUAUGCUAAAAGUUCUGAAGCAGAUGCAGAAACACAUGGAAGUUUUGAUGAAUCGACCUGGGGUGGCGCCUUUGACAAUAAUGAUGAUACUGACUCCGUCUGGGGUUUUAACACCAAGGGCUCAGAGGCUGAGAAGCAUAAGGAUUUCUUUGGAUCGGAUGACUUUGGUCUCAACCCAAUAAGAACUGGUUCCCCCCACGCAGAAACCAGCUUUCAGAAAAAGAGCCUGUUCUUUGAAGACUCUGUUCCCAGCACUCCGCUCUCCAAAUUUCAGAACUCUCCAAGAUACAGCGAGGCUGGGGACUACCACUUUGACAAUUUAUCAAGGUUUGAUUCCUUCAGCAGCAACAGGCAUGACGUUGGCUUUUCUUCCCAGCCUGAGAGGUUCUCGAGGUUCGAUUCCAUAAAUAGCACUAGAGAUUUUGGGGGCCACACACGGUUCGACUCCAUAAGCAGCAGCAAGGACUUUGGUCGGUUUGACUCCAUGAGCAGCAGCAGGGACUUUGGUCAUGGUCGCGAGCCGCAGCUCACAAGGUUCGACUCCAUAGACAGCACCAAAGAUUUUGGCCAGGGUGCAUAUUCUUUUGACGAGACAGAUCCAUUCGGCUCUUCUGGGCCAUUUAAGGUCUCAUCAGAGAGUCAAACAUCGAAGAAAGGAUCUGAUAACUGGAGCGCUUUCUAACGGGAAAUCCACUGUACCUCGUGAAAAAAGCCGAAAAUUCGUUACUUGUUUUCUCCAUUUUGUUUGAGGGUUGAGGGUUUGUUGAUGGUAGCCAAAUUUUUGUGUGAUAAAUUCUGUGUAAGUGUAUGGCUUGGAAGAACCUGUAUUGUUGUUUGUAUGGCCUUGUAUUAUUUGAUGACAGACCAUUUAUAUUUGUUCAA